ACAGGGACGGAGAGCUUAAACAUGAGUGCAGAAAAUAAUACGGCAGAAACAGUGACUGAUCAAACGGUACACACAGGCAACAUCAUCACCAUCCAUACCACACUUGGAGACGAAGAUGAAGAUGUGCACAGAUGUGGACGUUGCCAAGUGGAGUUCACCACCUUGGAGGCCUUCAUUCAGCACAAAUUGCAGAACAGCUGUCAGCGGGCCCAGGAGCUGGAGCACCCUCAGCUCACCAGUGAGGUUUCACAGGACGUCAGCCCAGAGCAGGUUGUGGUGAUUGAAGGAAGCUCUGUGGCCGCAACAGGAAUGGAUGACAGCGCCGUAUCAUCAGAGGAGUCUGACCGACUGCGGAACACGGUGAGGGGCCAUGCUGUUGCCACAGUCGGGCGUAGGAGGAGGAGCGGAGCAGCGAGGAGCCUGGGGCUCGAUCAGGGCAGAGCAGCUGAAGAGGUCACAAAGAUUCCCAUCAAAGUCAACGACGAGGGGCGCUAUAUCUGCCACAUCUGCGAGAAGACCUUUAAAACGCCAAACAUCUUAAGAACGCACCUGAGCACCCACAGUGAGAGGAAGAACUUCCACUGUAAACUGUGUGGGAACUCUUUCAGAACCAAGGGCUCUCUGAUCCGGCACAACCGCCGUCACACGGAUGAGCGUCCUUAUAGGUGUAAUCUGUGUGGGCUGUCCUUCAGGGAGUCAGGGGCUCUGACCAGGCACCUAAAGUCCAUCACUCCCUGCACAGAGAAGAUCCGCUUUAGCCAAUGCAAAGAGAUUCUUGUCAACAAGGACGGGAUGCAGAAAGGGCUUAAAGGUGAAGAGCAGCUUCCUGUGGUCAGUGUGGUGGACAGCUCUGAAGAGGUCAUCCAUGAGGUUCACAUGCAGGUGGAAGUGGACAGCAGUGAGCAGGCUCAGCAGGAGCAGCGUGACACUGUGUCAGAGGCUGAAGGGGACAACCUGAUCAGCCAGGCCAUAAUUAACUCUGGCAUCGCCCUGGAAACGGAGAGGGCUGAGCAGGCCGAGGGCAAGUCUCCUGUGCAGCCGCUGCAAAACCAUGAAGCUGACAGCAGGCUUACUGAGAUCCAGGUCACAGAGGAGUGUGUAGAACUGGAUGCUGAAGAAGCAGUGGAACCUAUGGAGAAACAAAGUGAACCCAGUUCUGCAAAAAUCCACAGAUGUCCUCACUGUAAUCGGGCUUUCAAGGCUUUGAACUACCUGCGGGUGCAUGUGAAAGGUCAUCUUGGUUUCAAGCCCUUUAAGUGCACAGUGUGUCAGAAGGAGUUCCUCACGGGGUACCUGCUGAAGAAACACAUGGAGGCGCACCUGAGCGAGCGGCGCUUCAAGUGCGGGGAGUGUGGGAAACUCUACAAGACCAUCGGCCACGUGCGCGAGCACAUGAGAGCGCACUCCGACGAGCGCCCUUACCACUGCAACCGAUGUAACAAGGGCUACAAGACCAAGAAUGCCCUGCAAGUGCACCAGCGCACACAUGCACAGGUCAGGCCUUACGUGUGUCAGUACUGUUCUCGAGGGUUCAGGGAGAAAGGCUCUUUAGUGCGCCAUAUUCGCCAUCACACUGGUGAAAAACCCUUCAAGUGCUUCAAGUGUGGUCGUGGAUUUGCAGAGCACGGAACACUUAAUCGACAUCUCCGUGCCAAAGGGGGAUGCAGUGGGGGACUGAAGGAGUCUGAGCAGCCUGUGGUUGUAGAAGAGCAGCCAGCUGCCAACAGCAUGGCUGCCACCAUUAUCUCUGAGGACCCCCAUGCUGUGCUUGUGGAGUUCUCCUCAGUAGUGGCAGACACACAAGAGUACAUCAUCCAGGCUCCAUCUGAAGUGACAGAAACUGGCGGUGAAGUUCCACUCAAUAGGAAUGAGGUGGGCAGCCACAUCAUGAAGGUUGUCCAGCAGAUCGUCAGCCAGUCCCAGUCGGGACACCAGAUCAUUGUGCAGAACGUCUCCAUGGAUGAGAACGCAGCCAUCUCCUCGGACUGUGGUGACACCAUCACCAUCGCCACGCCAGAGAGCCUGACGGAGCAGGUGGCCAUGACGCUGGCCUCCGCCAUCAGCGACGGGGCCAUACUUACCACGGACGGGACGCUGGAGGCAGCGGGGGGCACGGUGACCAUGGUAGAGUCCCGUGACAUAGAGGUGAUGGAGCAGGCGGAGGAAUUUGUCAUCACUUCACCAGAGGAGGUGGAGAUACAGACUGUUAUUGUGCAGGAUUAAAAUGCAGUAUUUCUUUCACUGGCUGAUGGAAUACAGUUUUAUUCCCCUGAUUUGUUUUGUCUUGGGUUUGUUUCCUAAAAUUAGGUAUAUGGGAAAUGGAAAACCAUUUGAAAAAUUUUAGCCACCCAAAUUUUAGGUCUCAGAUCCAAUGAUUGGGGUGAUCUGAGGAUUUGAAAUUUCAGUAAUGAUAAAGAAAUUCUCCCUUGGCUCCAUCACCUAAUAAUGAUACCUAAAGAUUUUGAAUGGGGGAAAAAUGCCUACCCUUGGUAAGACUAUGAUGUAUCAACAAUCUACCUAGAAACAAGCACUGUUGGUUUGCCUAACAUUUCACCAAUAUUUAGAGCCAAAUGCUAGAAAUGUAUACACUGCUGUACUGCACUUGGAGCUGCCUUGAUACAGGAUUUCAGCUCGUGCAGGACUGCUUGCACAGUUCUGAAGAGGUCAUUAGUUCCUGUUACAGCAUGGCAACUGGGCCAGCCAAUGUGAGAAGAUAUUGAUGUAACAGUUGAAAGAUGAUGUUCUGUAUUUUUGUAAUGCAAAUAUACCAUUUUAUAAGAAUAUUUUUGUUGGGUUUUAAAAUAUUCUGCUUAGUAGUUUGGAUUUUAAUAUUCAGAAAUAAGUUGGAAGAGAUGCUUGGUUGCCAUUAACAAACCAUCGAACAGUUUACCUCUCAUAAGGACACAGGACAAAAAUUCAGUAGAUUAGCCUUCAGCUUACUGAGUGAGGCAUAUAAGCAUGCAUGCAUUUGUGCACACAUGUGUGAAAUGUAAGAUUGGAUUGGUUCCCCUGUGUGGAUGCCAGUUUCCAAAACCAUUUAUAUAGAGUUUCAGCACAAUUGGAGAUGCAAUUAUCUCCAGUUGGGAUUCAUUUGUCAGGCUAGUAGCAUCUGUCUAGUAGAGCUGCAGUCAUCUUCAAACUUUCAUAUCCAGAUCAGUUCAUCCCACCUUAAUGAAUGGUUUUUCGGACUGAGUCAAGUAGAUGUGUACUCUCCAACAAACAACUCUAAUAAAGUGGGCAUUAAUAAAGAGAGUACAGCUGUUAUCACCACUG